AUGACUUCAAGGUCAAGAUCUUCAAAGCCAAUCGAAGAAGAAUCAAAGAAUGCUAUUCGCCCCAUUCAUACGAUAGAUUCAGUGAUUCGAGACGAUCCAAGCAACAAGAAGGAGAAACUAGUGAGAGUUCAAUCAGAGGAGAAGUCCUCUACACCAGCAACUAAAGAUUCUGAUAUAAAUGAUAUAAGUCACAUUAAUGUAAGCUAUGGUAGAAAUGAUACCGGAACCUUGAAGGCUGCAGGCGCAGUUAUCCCAAAUCCUCUAAAGGAAGUUCGAUAUAGUUUACCUAAGAAACGGACUUCCAGUAAAGAAAUUCGAGAUGAUUCCAGUAGCAAGAAAGAAAAUGCAUUUAGGGAUUAUUCAGAAAAUAAGUCCCCCGCUCAGGCAUCGAAAACGUCUGAAACAAAGGAAGCAAAUCACGUUAAUGUGAACUUUAAUGCAAACGAUGUUGGAAUUUUAACUGGAGAUGUUGUUGGGUCAAAUUCUCCAAAUCGAUAUCAAUCUAUUUUGCAUGAGAACGGUGCCACUACCGAUAGAAUGACCACCUGGAAUGCAAAAGAACAUGUAUUACCACAAGAUGAACAAAUAUUGGUUAAGUCAAUACGGCAUCUUUCAUCAUGUUACUCAUUUCCAAGAAAUAAGGUAUUGUUACGUUUGGCCCAUGAUUGUUUAAAGAGAAGGGGUAUUGAGAAUGAACCAAGCCUGAGAGCUGCAUGGAUUAAUUCAUUUUUAUCAAGAAAUAAGAACAUCUUAUUAAUGGAAAAUAAUAUUCAUGAAGACAAGGUUAACGCAACCUAUAAAAAUAAGACAAAUUUUAAUCAUUUUUAUGAUCGCCUAUCUUUAUCAUUGAAAAAAUUUAAGUUUCCAAGAGAGCAAAUCCUAAAGCUUGAUGAGAUUGUUUGUUAUAUAAAUGAAGAGGAGGGACGCUCUACAUUUCGUUUUCCUAUGGAUAAGGAAAUAUUGCAUGAUGAUGAUAACUAUAAAGAUGGUAAUUUUAAGGAAUUAAAAAUUAUUGAAUGUGUUAGAAGUACAGGAACCAUUUUCCCACCAACUGUUAUAUUUCCUGAAGGGACAAUCCUAAAUGAGUCAGUAACACCAUUUUUCUCAGAGAAUAAGGAAAAAUUUACGAAUUGGAAGUUUAUUCAUUCUGUUCGAGGUAGUGAUAGUGCACCUUUGUGGUGGUUACAAAACAUAUUUAAGGUAUAUGGGAGAAAAGGUCAUAAGCCAUCUUUAUUGUUAAUUAAAGAAGAUUCACCCUUUUUAACCACAAGGUUCAUUCUAGCAUGCUCCAAGAUGAAUGUUCAAUUAUUCCUCCUUUCCGAGGAGAGUGAUUUUUGGUGUAAACCCUUACAAAUUAGUUCUUUUGGGUUGAUGGAGGGGUUUAUAGAUUUUGCCUCAACAAAUCCUGAUGCAACCCCUUCACAUUUGCAUACAAAAAACUAUCCUAUGCCCCUUAUGAAACCUCUACUGUUGUAUGCUUCAAGUAGACUCCAUGGAUUGAAAACGUUUGAUAUUAGGAGUGGGUUUAAGAAUAGUGGUAUAGUACCAUGUGAUAAAACAGUCGUCGAAGAAAGGAUAUGGAAAUCCAAAGAAAAGGACAGUGCUGACCAGAAUCAGGAGAUUUCUACAUCAAGUAAUGUAACUAAAACCAACUCGGAUGAUAUUAAAGUAAAAGCAGAAAUUACUUCAAUUGACCUACUUAAUGACACGGAUGGUGAAGAAGAGAAUGACAAAGAUAAUGAGGACGAUGAAGUUGAUGACGAUGUCCUAAUGAUGUUGCCAACGACUUCUAAUAAUAAGGAUAUAAAUGUAAGUGAAAUGCUUAAAGAGCCUUCGAAGGUUGAUUCUUCAAAUGACAGCAUAGUCGAAAGAGAAGAAGGUGCGGCAAGGACGUCAUCCAGUGAUAUGGCAUUUACUAACGACACAGGUUUAUCGGAGAACAAGAAAGUAGAGAAGCCAUUGGAGCUAAAUAAGUCUGAUGAUGAAAACCCUGAUGUUGAGUCAGUGACCAACUUUAGUAAGUUUAUAAAUGCUUUCAAUGCUAAGACCUCAACACUCUUUGUAGCUGAUGGCAAUGAGGAACCAUCAAACGCUGAAAAGCAUGAUAUUCAAAUGACAGGUUCAAUAGCCAAAAAGGACAGACAAUGA